CAGCAGCAACAACAGCAGCAGCAGCAGCAACAACUCCUCCUCCUCCUCCAGCACUUGCUUCCCACACUUGAGCAAUUGACGGCUCCAUAACGGAACACGCUAAAAUGUUCACAAAGAAGAAGAAGAAACCGCUGAUCUCGAUGCCGAGCAAUUUCGAGCAUCGCGUCCACACGGGCUUCGACAAGCGUGAGAAUAAAUAUGUGGGUCUGCCAUUGCAAUGGGCCUCCAUUGUGGGCAACAAUCAAAUACUGAAGUCGAGCAAUCGACCCCUGCCCCUGGUCGAUCCCUCCGAAAUCACGCCCACCGAAAUACUCGACCUGAAGACUAUUGUCCGUCCGCAUCAUAACAACAAUAAGGCGGACACCACAUCGCUGAAUAGUAGCAGCACCAUGUUAAUGACCAAUACGCCGGCAGGUUCAUCGAUGCUGCCUGGCAGUCAGUCUGGUGGGCAGUUGCAUCAACAGCAGCAGCAGCAGCUGCAGCCGGGUGUGCAACAGGGUCUGGUGCUGCCGAAGACAUCGCAUGUGGCACGCUCGAAUUCGUUGCGCAGCUCCAGUCCGCCGCGUGUGCGUCGCAUGGCCAAUGUGCCGCCAUCUGUUCCCGAGGAGGAGGCUGCUGUGGCGGCAGCGACGGUGGCUGCUUCUGGCACGGCCACACCAACACCGACACCAACAGCGAUGCCCGGCCAUGGAUUUAAACCGCCACAGCCGAUGCCACACAACAUGCUCUAUCCCAGUCAACAUGCACAUGCGCAUCCACACACGCAUCCACAUGUACAUCCACAUCCCAAUGGCGGCGCUGGAACUGGUCCGCUUGCCGUGCGCACUGAUCAAUACCGGGGCGGUGGCAGCGGCAGCGGUAACUUGGCUAUUCCAGGCAUGCAACAGCAACAGCAGCAACAACAAACAUCGCCAGUGAGCUCGGUGGCGAGUGCAACGCGUUCCACGCAUUCGCAUCACAACAACAAUGGUCAGAGCUUUCCAAUGUAUCCUGCCUCCCAACAGCAACAGCAGCAACCAAAACUGAUCGGCGAUCAGAAUCAGAAUCCACACGCCAAGACGAUCGCAUCGCGUGCAUCCAGCUCCAGCGGCAACGCUGCUGCCCUGGCUGCCCAAGCUCAGGCUCAAACGCAGUCACAGCCCAAACAGGAGCAGCGACUCACACACGAACAAUUCCGUGCCGCAUUGCAGAUGGUUGUCUCCGCUGGCGAUCCCCGCGAGAAUCUCGAUCAUUUUAACAAGAUUGGCGAAGGAUCCACCGGCACCGUUUGCAUAGCCACCGACAAGUCAACAGGUCGUCAAGUGGCUGUAAAGAAAAUGGAUUUGCGCAAACAGCAGCGACGCGAGCUUCUUUUCAAUGAGGUGGUCAUCAUGCGUGAUUAUCAUCAUCCUAACAUUGUGGAGACAUACUCCAGCUUUCUGGUCAACGAUGAGCUCUGGGUAGUCAUGGAGUAUCUCGAAGGUGGCGCACUCACCGACAUUGUCACACAUUCGCGCAUGGAUGAGGAGCAAAUAGCCACUGUAUGCAAGCAGUGUCUAAAGGCUUUGGCCUAUUUGCACUCACAGGGCGUCAUCCAUCGCGACAUCAAAUCGGAUUCCAUUCUACUGGCCGCCGAUGGACGCGUAAAGUUGUCUGAUUUUGGUUUUUGUGCGCAGGUGUCGCAGGAGCUGCCCAAGCGCAAGUCUCUAGUGGGCACGCCCUACUGGAUGUCGCCGGAGGUUAUAUCGCGCCUGCCAUACGGUCCCGAGGUGGAUAUCUGGUCCUUGGGCAUUAUGGUCAUCGAAAUGGUCGAUGGCGAGCCACCGUUCUUUAAUGAGCCGCCGCUGCAGGCAAUGCGCCGCAUACGGGACAUGCAGCCGCCGAAUCUGAAGAAUGCCCACAAGGUAUCGCCACGGCUGCAAUCGUUUCUGGAUCGGAUGCUGGUGCGUGAUCCUGCGCAGCGUGCCACCGCCGCCGAGUUACUGGCGCAUCCGUUUCUGCGUCAAGCGGGCCCGCCAUCGCUUCUGGUGCCGCUGAUGCGUAACUCCAGGCAUCACACCUAGGCACACCUUGGACAACAGCAACAGCAGCAGCAGUAGCAGCUCAUUGUUAACUGUGCACAGUUGUCACAGUUGGCAGCAGGAUGGAUAAUGGAUAAUGAUGCACUGCAGCCACUAUUCUGCCCUUUAUAUAUUUUCAAUCCACUUAAAUGUAGUAUUAUUCAUAUUUUGAUUGGCUACGCUUUUUGUUCUCGGCUAUUUCUACUUAAAACUAUAAACUGUAAACUGUAAACUGUAGUUGUACACAGCGUGUAGUUUAAUACCCCCGCAUUCCACCUUGUAAAGUCUCAUACAUUUGAUGUACUAUGUCCAUUAAGUAUUCCGUGUUGGCAUUCAGUAAAUGCUAUAAAAUAUUUUUUUUCUAUUUUAAAUUAGUAGUUAAAUCCCUCCCUCGUAGUCCUCAUCGUCGUCGUUGUCAUUUCCCCUUUCCUAACAUACCAUAACCUCCCCUACCCUCUACCGUACACUUAAACCAACACCAACAAAUUUUUGUUAUUGUUUAUUCAUUUAAUUUGUAGCUUUUUUAAAUAUGUUUUUUGAACGCAAAAUGUGCCUUUCGCGAAACAGACUUAAGAAACAUUUAAAACACAACAUUACCAUAUAUAAUGUGACCAUGGAGGACAGCACUCGGAUAGUUAAUGCCGUUUAACCAAUGCGCAGCCAUUGCAAAUGUUAUUAUUAUUAUUUUAUACAAGCGCCAUUUGGUAACAGCUUAUUCUCGAUUAUAGUGUUCUAAAUCCAAACCAAACCAGAUCUAUUUAAUUUUAACUGCAUUUCGUGCUCUGUUCUUUCACAUUAUUUUUACUGUCUCAAAAGUGCAAGCGGGCACAGUUCUUGUCAAUAUAUUGGUUUAACUCUUAUUAUUAUUAUAAUUAUUAUCAUUUUUUUUGUGUGUAUUAAUGUUGAGAGCUGCAUUAACAUUGUUCGAAUAUAUAAUGCUGUAAGAUGAUUAAAUAUAGUAUAUUUAUGAGUAUUUAUCAUAAGUAUUGAAAAACAACGAAUAUACAAAUAUGUAUCAAAAAUAUUGCUUACACAUCCAUCGAAAUUUUAAUAUAUACAUAUACAUAUACAUAUACACAUAUAUAUACAUAUGAAUACAUACAUACAUACAAUACACGCAUAUAAUAUGCUUAAGCAAGCCUGUACUUAUUGUUGUCAGUUGAACGCAUGCUCCAAGCUAAGGCUCUAUAUAAUAUACCUAUGUAUAGCAAUUAUUUAUAUCAAAAAUAAGUUCUACUAUCUAUUAAAGAAAUAUAUUUCAAAUUGCUCGAAUGCAACAGAUUUGACAUUUGUGGACUGUUAAACCCAAGAUUACAAAAUACAUUCCCCCUUCCCCAAUUGAAAACCCCAUUAAAAAUAAUUUUUUUUAGACAUUCUGAUUUACAGUGGUCUGUAAUUAUAAACGAAUAAAAACACAGGUAUGAAACGUACUUGAAUAAUUUA